AUGGUCGACUACAUUGGCAUCUCUAUCUACACAGCAGGAGGAGGAGUAUAUUCUAUCUACCAUCAACUGCCUCUAUCCUCCUCACUCUACGACUACCUCUUUCCUCUUGUGUGCCUCCAUUUGCUGGCCUGUGUGGUAGCUGCUCUCUUCGGCUCUCUGUCGCGGUUCUUCUGGUUCAGACAGAGGUUCCUGGUCAGAGCUCUGGCCUUCUUUCCAGCCUAUGUCAUCUGUAUCACUCCAUUCACUCUGAGGAUGUUGUCGUGUGCAUCAACUGGACAAGACUGCAUCUGGCCCACCUUCCAUCUCCAUUUCCUAUCGAUCCUGCUAACGUGGAUCGUUGUCUUUUUCUUUGUGAGCAAGAUCCCAGAGAGGCUGGCUCCUGGCGGAUUUGAUGUAUUCCCUCACAGCCACACUCUCUUCCACAUCUCUGCUGUAGCGCUCACCAGUAUGCAGAUGUACAUAUUCCCUCAGGAUUCUGAGAUCAGGAAGACUCAACUACUGGAGAAGGUUUCUCCGUCCUUCAUGACUCUGAUUCUCCCGUUCCUGGUGAUGAUAUGUGUGGGGCUGGUGCAGGUCCUGUUCCUGGCCUUCCUGCUGAUGAGAGGUGUUCUGGUCCCCCACGGAGUUGGCAGCACUCUCUCCUCCCUCCACGGAGGGCCACACACAGUGGACACUCCCUCUGCAAAUGGAGGCCCCUGUUAUAAACCUCCUCUCAAGAAACAGCAGUAA